AUGCCCAGAACAGCCCUUUCCAUAUUUAAAUCUUGCUCUGAAAAAGUUACACUCUUCCCAACACAAAGAUUGUUCAAGGCCAUCGCUGACGUUGAGCAGCACCCAUCUCAGGCAGUUGCCUACGCACAUUUGAAGAGUGUCAUGGGUAAACAUUUCAGAUUUGAGGAGGAUAUGAUGAAAGAGGCCCAAUUUGCUGACUUGGCCACACACAAAGGAAUCCACGAAGACUUUGAAGCAACGCUGCGUGCCUCCCAAGUGCCAAUAUCUUCGGAGAAAGUCACCGGCGCCAAGCAGUGGCUGGUCGACCACAUCAAGCUCGUUGACUUCAAGUACAAGGGCAAAUUGCACGGAUAA